UUUGAAUUAAAGAAAACCGGAAUGCGUUCCACUUCCAUAGAUAAAAAAAAUGCGUUCAUUUGUGAAGUUGAACAAUCGUGAUUUAUUAAUUUGCAAUUUUUAAUCAUUGUGAUUGUGAAUGUUUCAACAUUAACGCUAUUAGAUAUUAGUGCUCAAUAUGGUUCGUUCGAGAUCACGAAGUAAAACGCCAAGGCGUCACCAUAAAAGUAGCAAACAUUCAAGAAAGAAGAGUCGCUCAAAAGACCGUUCGUCGUCGCGGAGUAGAAGUUCUAAACACGCUGAGAAAAUCAGGGAACGUAGCUCUAAAUCACGAAAAAGGUCGCAUUCGGCAUCUUCAUCUUCUAGUUCAGGUGGAUCGUAUGAAGGUAGUAGACAUAGCAGAAAGAAGUCUAAAGGUCGCAGCAAAAUGGAUGAAGUCGAUCGUCUAGCAGAAAUGGAAAGACAAAGACGCGUUAGAGAGGCGGAACAAAAGGUAGUAGAAGAAGAAGCAGCAAAGAGAAUAGAACUUCUCGUUAAGAAGAAAGUGGAGGAAGAACUCGAGAAGCGAAAGGAUGAAAUAGAACAAGAAGUAGCAAAAAGAGUAGAAGAAGCAAAAAGGAAGAUGGAGAAAGAGAUGAUGGAAGAGCUGGAAAGGCAAAGAGAACAGCAGAGACAGGAGGAGCUGGCCAGACAGGAGGAAGAAGCUCGUAAAAGGAAAGAGUUGGAGGAUAUCAUGGCUGAAAAUAAUAAAAAGAUAGAAGAAGCCCAGCGACGACUGGCUGAAGAAAGGUUAGCGAUGAUUGAAGAACAGCGUAAAAUGGACGAAGAGAGACAAAAACUGAAAAGGGAACAAGAAAAGAGAAUUAAGGAGGAACAAAAGAAAAUCUUAGGCAAAAAUAACUCUAGACCUAAACUUUCAUUUUCAUUAAAACCACUAUGAUGUGUUAAUUAUCCAUGUAAGAAAAAUAAUAGUUAGUAAUAUAUCUAAAUUAGAUAUAAUUUACAUAGUGUCAUAACUGGGAUUGAAAACUGAAAUUAGAAUAGAGAGGGUAAUUUUUCAUGGCGACUUAAAGAGAUUUUAAUACUUGAUGUUUUUCAGAUAGGAUGGGUACAGUGACAUUUUUAUUUCACUAUUGAAAGUUUCUCGAGAUUCACGAUAAUAGUGCGUAUUAUGAACGUCAUAAGGCAACUGUCACCGUACCCAUGCUAUCUGAAAAACACGUUAGUUGACACUUUUUUAAAGAGUCUCAAACUGUUCAUCAGUGUUCUACUAGAUUGAAACUAUAUAUCUAUUAUUUUGAGACACGAAUAUGUAAAAAAAUCAAUUUUUCAAUAUUUUUUUACAAUACGAGCCAAAUCGCUGUCGGCCAUGAUGGUCGAUAUUUUAAUAACGUCAUGUAAACACUAAACCUUAAGCAAACGGAGUUUUUGAUAAAAUUUAUAGUUUGUUCCUUUAGUGACAUCAAGUAACAUCGUGACGUAACAAAAUGGACGACAGCGUUUUUGACGUUUGUUAAAAUUUAAUAAAUACAUAAUUUUUAAAUUAAGUUUUAAUUGAUAUCGAUAUACAGUGCAACCUUAAUAUAACGUACCUCAAUAUAACGACUUCCUCGAUUUAACAAAUUUUUCGUAAUCCCCUUGAAUUGUCCAUAAGAGUCAAUAUAAAAUAUACCUUUACGUUGCGAACAUUCUUUGCGUACAACCUCUUUAUAACGAAUUUUCAACUAUCAAGAAAAAGUAUUCAUACCUCUAAUUAACGAAUUUUGCCAACCCAAAACCUUUAUAUAAAGUUUCUACCAAUAAUAUAACUCUUAAUCUUAUAAUGUGAUUCAUGUCUCGACAUGUUUCGAAACGCUUUUGUUUGUAAAGUAACUUGUAAAGUUGCUGACAUCGUCACAUCUGUGUUGCCAGUUACUGAUGCAGAAGCGGAUGAAGACUAGGAAGAAGAGGGUGAAAUUGAUGAGCAUAAUUUCACAAUAAAAGAUGCUUAUAAUGCUUUGAUUACAAUAAAAUCUGUAUUUCUCAAAAAGGGAGCUUUGAGUGACGAUGUAGUGAAAUCCAUCACGAAAUUAGAUUGCGCUUUGGAUGUCAUAACUCAUACCGGUGGUAAACAGACAACUAUCAAUGACUUUUUUUCUAAUAAAUGAAAAAAAUUGAGAUUAAGCUACUAUGUAUAACCACUUCUUAAUUCUUUUUGAUUAUUAAUGUAAGAAAAAAAAAAUUAUUAUUGUUUUUAAAUACAUAGCAAAUACAUUAUAGUAAUUUGAUAAAAAUGUGUUAUCAUUUAUUAGUAGAUGUUGUUCGCUAUAACAAGAUAAGUACGUAAUAUUGAGGUGAAUAAAACUAUUCUUUUACCUCUUUAUAACGAAUUUUAGACCAAUCUAACCUCAACAUAACAAACCUCAGUUCAACGAAUUACUUGAUAUUACGAAUAUUUUCUUGUUCCCCUCCGAUUUGUUAUAUCGAGGUUGCACUGUAUUACGGACUCUUAUUCCAUGCACUACACGAAAUUAAUAUUGUUUGUAUUAAAUUUAAUGAGUUAACUACCCUAUUGUUAUACAAGUUGGGAUUUUGUCUGAUUUAAUUAAUUUAGGUAGUGUUUUUUUCAGUUUUAAGAGUAACAUGGGAUAACUUUUUUCCCAUUAUUCUUUUAUUUAUUUUCAUUUAAUUUUACAUUUAUAAUUUUCACGUCAAUUUUUCAAGUCACGGAAUUGCCAACGUUUCAUUAGAUAAGUAUGUAAUUAAUUUUCUCUCAUUAUUUAUUUACAUAAUUUAUAAUUAUACUAUUUUCAAUAAUAUAAAAUAUCAUAAAUGUUAUAUUAAUUACUAUUGUCAAUAAAUUAUUAUUAUAUAUUUCACAAAUUAUGAUAAAACAAUUUAAAAAGUCAUGAUAAUAAUUACCCUGUUUUGUGUACGUCUUUAAAUGUUUAUCUUAUAAAUAUUCUGGUUAUGGCACUAUCCAUGGAAAUAUUUGUGAGAACAAUGUUGUAUGAAUGGUCAACAGAUCGACAUAGAUACUUUCACCAAUACUUAUGAGUAGGUAUGGCAUAUGUUUGAUCAAAAUUUAACACUUUGUUGUAAGUCUCAAAAUUGGUUUAGUUAAAAUCUUAAAUAUAAUUUAAUUGUGCUCUGUUAUAUGUUUUUUUUUUUAAUUUCAUAUUUUGUAACUCUGCUACAAUCUGUCUUGUUAAUAAAGUCCAAAAAUUGCUGUCUUCAUUUAAAGUAAUGAUUGCGUUUAGGCGUUUGCGAUAAAAAAUCCUUUUUUUUUCAUUAAAAUACAUCUACAUAUUCCAUAUUAACUAAUGUCGCUUGCGCUACAAAAUAUUAAAUCCUUUUACAGUUACAAUAAAGUUGUUACUGUCUAUUGUACACUAAAAUUUUAAAAAUAGUUUUACUAAUGAUAAAGUAAGCAGUUGAAAUCGACUCAUUUUACCCAAAAUCGUUAUCAAUAGUAAAACUAAUUUUAAUGUUACCCUAAGAAAAUAUCACCCAUUUUACUUUUACUUAAAAGUGUUGCUUACUAUAAUAUGACGGUCAUAAUGUCAAUUUGUAAAUCCCCACGGUGAUGCGCCUAGGGGAUUUUUUUAAAACUUUUAGAGGAAAAUGUCAUUAAAGGAAUGUCAGCACAGUAAAGACACAUUGUUAAAUUAUUUAUAGGUGUGACAUGGAAAACCGUUUAAUAUUAUUUUUUAAACAUUAAACAUGUUUCUGUUUUGCCAACGCUCCUUCAAAUUCACACACAAACAUCCUAAUGCCUAUCAAUAUAAACAAUUAAUUAUUUUGUUUUAAUUAUUAAAUUUACCUGUCUUUAAAAUAUUUAUGUAAAUAAUCGAAAUAGUCAUGUUAUUUGAUAUUUAAUAACAUUUUCAGUUGAUUCAUAAACAAUGCAAAAUUCAAAGUUGUUUUCUGAAGUGUUUUCUUACAUACAAAAAUACAGUGAAUUUUUGUUUGCAAUAUGCUGCGAUAGUUUAGCUUAAGCCGGAUUUAUAUUUGUCGGACGUGUCGUAUCGUGACGCAUCAGAACAGAACCGAUAUCAUACAUUUUGUAUGCGGCAUAUCUGAAGCCAUUGCGACAUGUCGCAACACACAAGUGUAAACGUUGUCAUACAAAAUGUAUGAUACCAAUUCUGUUCUGAUGCGUCACGACACGACACCUCAAACAAAUAUAAAUCCGGCUUAAACCAACAAUGUCAACUUAAUCUGACAAAAUACUCUCCAAGCUUUCGAAGAAAUAACAUAACUUCGUUAUUUAUAAAUCUUUGCAUAUUAUGGUUUAUACAUAUUUUGAUAUUGCUCAAUACUUUUUUGUAAUACGCUUUAAGUAAAUGCAGCAUUAAGUAUGUAUUAAUAAUGUUGUUUUCGAUUUAAGAUUUCAACAUAAAUUUGAUUAAUAAAUUGUUAAAAGUAAAUUCUAACUUGGCUUACUAGAAAUAGUUAUAGAACAAAAUUAUUGCUUAUUUUGAUUUUAUUUUGUAAUUGUCGCAUUUUCUAAGGAUAGAUAGACAAAGCAGGACGUCUCUCAAUUAAAAUUGUUUUAUAUUUACAUUAUAGGGAUAAAACAUUGUUUGACGUCGAUAUUCUUGUAAUUAUUAAUAAUGCCACUACAAUGUGUCAGUCUAGCUGUGUGAUUACUUCUGUAAUAAUUGUACCGAUUACCAAUUUUGUCAAUUGAGUCGUCAGACCACAAUCAUGUCCCUUUGAAUGCUUAUCUAUAUAUUGUUACUUAUGUAGGCCUAACAUGUGCGCCACGACAUCUUGUGAAGACAAAUCAACCAAUAGCGGACGGAUCGGAAAUAUGGCACUCUCUUUUGCCCCAAUGCAACGAAAGAGAGCGAUAUUGGUAGAUUUUUUCCCCCGUGUUAAUGUCGUGGGUUGCAUGUUAGGCCUACUGGCUUCAUGACUCAGUUGAUGGAUAACUGACACUUUGUAAGAUACGUGACCGAUCAUUGUUAUGUAGGUAUUAACUGUUUGUUAUAUUAGAAUUACAUAGAUUUUCUAAAUGUAAUGUCUCUUAACACUAAGGUGAAAUAUUUAAGAAUUUUACAAGCUUUUUAUUCAUUUCCAAUGUUUAUAUAUCUUUGCCGAGCCUGUCAUUAUUUGGGUUGAGAUUUUUAUGUUUGCACUUUAUUGAUAGCAUAGAACGUAGGUGAGCUAAUUUAAGAAGAUGAAUAUUUUUGUUUAGUUCGUAGUCCAAAUUAUACCUACUUUAAGCACUCACUCACUCCAGUUAGGCGACACAAAUCUAAGUUUUGUCAGUCUGUAUGCUAUUGAUGCUUAAUAUAAUUAAUUAAUCAAAUUGUGCGAGUUACUCAAGCUCAUUUUGUUCACUUAUAUUUCAACGCAAUAUUUAUUGUGUGUAUUUUUUUUUUCAUUAUCGAUAUCGACACAAGUGUUGUAGGUACUUCACUAUACGUUGCCAUAAGUCUUUAUGGGCAACAGAGCGCGCUACAUAUGUUGUAAUGGCUCGUUUACACAAGCAAAAUUAAUUACAAUUAAUUAAAUAUAAUUGAUCUUUCCCAUUAUAGACCGAAAGAAAUUUUGAAAGACGAAUCGUAUAAAAAAAAAUCCGUCAUCGGAAAUGCAUCAUGCAUGAUGCAUCUUUUUGUGCGUAUUCCUGAUUGUUCACAAUUAGUUAAUGGAAUUGUUAAAGCAUGAUUCACGAUUCCAUUAAAAGGUUCGUUGAUUUUUAGGGUUCCGAACGUAUGUAGUACAAAAACGGAACCCUUAUUUUGAUUUGGAAAUUCGUAUUGUUUUUUUUAUUUUAAGCAAAGUUGUACAUACAUUCUUGGAAGUAAGUAUUGUUAAAAUGUUACAUUACAAUAUAUUUUAAAUGCAUCAAUAAACAUGCAUAGAUUAGUAUAUAUUCCUUUAAGUGAACUCGCACUCACUCACACAUUCGUUCAAAUUUUUCAUUCACGUUCAUUUCACAUUCGUUCAAAUUUUUCAUUCAUUUGCUAAUAUUAUUGCUCAUCCUUAUAACAUCUAUAAAAAAUGUAAGAACAAAAAUCCUUUGCUCGACUUAUUGCAAUAUCGUAGUAGUACUUUAUUGUAUAAAUAUACUUUAAUUAAAAAAUAUGUCAAUAUAAUAGAUUAUGUACUUUUAGGUACUCUUAGAUUAGAUUUUAUAAAAGUACAGCAUCGCUUAUUCAUUACACAGAACAACAGCAUUGUAUACCCAAAUUAUAUUUAAUAUCUUGACUAACACACGUUUUCUUAAAAUUGCUGUAUGUAUAAAACAAAAAAUUGUAAUAAAUAAUUAUGUAUACCAUUAAUUUAUAAGCAAUACAGUAUGUCCAACUCCGGCUAUUAUCAAAUUUCAUGUUAAAUGAUAAACAUUAAUUUACAGGCACAUAAGGUACACCUACAUCUACGCCUCACGCUACCCACAGACGGACAAGUAUUAGGUCUUGUUCGGACUACUUGAGUAUUUUAGUCGAGUACGAACUAUUUUUGGGCGGUAAAUCCAAAAAUUGUUUGUACCUAUUCGACUAAAAUACUAAAGUAGUCCGAACUAGGCUUUAUAGGCCGUACAGACUACUUUUAGUCGAGUACAAACAAUUUUUGGAUUUACUGCCCAAAAAUCGUUCUACGUUCGUACUAAAGUAAUCCGAACUAGGCCUUAGUAAUAGUAAUUUAGUAUACAGCGUUGUCUGCAGCGCGCAUAGUGAUGUGGGCAGUAAAAAAAUAUCGAUAACACACCAAUAACCAUAUUUCGAUAUUUUUUUCAAUGUCUACAUCCGAUGACAUCUGUUGUCGGUGUCAGAUUGAUGAACACUGGGUCGUACAUGGAAGGAUGUGUGAAUUCUGUUUAUUGGCGAUGGUUUCCCACUUACCAUCAGCAGGGUUAUUAUGUAACUCGGUGUACCGUUCAAGUAAUCAGUCACUAUAUUGUUUUACAUCGUAUUUUCGUUUAUGCAAUCAUGUAACACUGUGUUUUCACCUAUAUAACUUUAACUGCACAAUUUUGCAUAAAGUGCCAAUGUUUCUUUGUUUCUACGAUCAUCUAACAUGAUUAUUUCAACAAAAUUACAUAAAUACCAGUUUUUCGUUAAAAUAACGUUAUUAUCUGCUGCUACUACUACUAUACUAAUGUUACGUUACGUAAAAUGACGAUAAUUGUGUAAUUUCGUUUAAAACACAAUGUUAGAUGAUUGCAAAAACGAAAAUACGAUGAAAACUAUUUAGUGAUUGAUUACUUGAAUGGUACACCGAGAUACAUAAUGACCCUGCAGGGCCAUUUGCUUGGUAAAACACGCCAUUCCAUAGCAAAUUGACAAAUAUAUAGACUUCGUCUUUCGUUUAUCGGUUUUUUUUAACUUAAUCGCCAUAGAAGUUUUUCAAGUAUGACGUUGACAUACUAAAGUUGUACCUAAACCCGUUAGGAGAUUUUCAUAAUACUUUUGGCACUAUUCCCAGUAGUAUUAGGGUUUUAAUUUAAGAUUUGGUAACCACAACUAGAUAGGGUGACCGAUUCAUUAAUAAUAUAAUAUUUUUGAGCAUACAAUAAGAUAGAUAAUAAUUGGUUGGCGUAUUACCAAUGUUCAAUAUUAACAUUUUGUUCUAUACAAAUUGACAAACCAUGCGAAUGUAUAUAUUGCAUUAUUCUUUUUUAAGCUUAAUUAUUAGUAUUAGAAAUUCGCAAAAUACUAUUAUAGCACAAGAUCCUUGAUAAAUAACAUCCUAAAAACAUUUAAUAAAGACGCAGUAAAAUACCG